UAGCUAGAACAAUGCGUCUGCUGCUUCUGGUCGUAGCGCUGCUAGGCGUCACCGCCGUCUUCGCUGCAGACCUCAAGCUGCAGCUGGAUGCGGACCAGCCUGUCGCCGUGACACUCGCAGAUGGCACUACACGUGAACUGACUGCUGCUGAGUUCGAGACGUUGGCCACGGAGCGCGCGAAGGAACAAGCCACUAUACAGACCAAGGACGACGACGAGACUGUUGAGUGGAAGCACCAGGAGCUGAACGAGAUCCAAGCGAAGGACCCGCAGUUCGCGCUUCUCAUUGACCUGGCCAAACGCGCCUUCCAGGAGAUACAGCGUCACGGAUACGCGCAGGGUUACGCGCUAGCGGGGUUUAGCGAGCAGGAGGCGAAGCAGACUUCAGCCGACUACUACGCGGAGCUGGUGCUGCGUGCCAAGAAGGAACCAAGUAGUGGCGUAGCAGCCAAGACGGGCACAGGUAGCAGAAAAGUUGAGAAGGAGGGAGAGGAGACGCCGCUGAGUUACGAGGUGCAGCUUCUAUUGGAUGCCAAGAAACGCUUCUCGGUGGUUGCAGCUUGGGAGUUGAGCGAGAAGGAGCCACCGCGAGGGCAAAAAAAGAAGCGAAUGAUGCGGCUGUCCAUCCAGCCGACUGCGGCGUUGAUGGAACGCGAGGCCAAGCGAGAUCAGGGCAAGCCAGCGGUGGCGAUGUGGCUAUUGGCCGGCGGCAUGGCAAUGGUUGCAGCGGGUGUGCUCGUCAUGUACAACACGCGUAAUCCAUCCCCAACGCCGAAGCCGCGACGCCGCUCCAGCGACGUCUGGGAGCUCAAGAACGACUAG